AGGGUGCAUUUCCGCGUUUGUCAUCCAAGUCGCCAUGGCGACAGCUUGGGGGCGGGGCCUCGACUACAGCUAAACCCAGCAGCUUUCUCUGCUCUAUCAUUAACACACGCUUCUGUAAAGGCGUUUGGUCACACCGACCUAUCAUCAUCAUCACACUAACGUUUCAGCCGGAAUUCAUCUGGAAAGGAUCCAUUUUGGCGGAGAACAGAGAGCAUGAAACCGACCUCCGCUGUUUGGAUUUGUCUUCUGCAAAGCUAAAUCCCUCCACCCACCUUUUUAUCAUGUCUCCAGUUUUCUCAUCUCCCAAAUACACGACCGGCUCCACUCUACUCAGCCCUUUCCACCCAUAUGACCCCUAUGAUCCUUAUGGUCCCUGUAACCCUUAUGACCACAGCCAGACUUUUAUUUCUCAAGGUCAUCCUCAGCCCUCAAGAUACUCACCAUCCACAUCACGCUACUUUUUCCCAAGUUCCUGUCCAGCCCAGGUAACCCUUUCCCUCCCUAACGAGCGAGGGCGAGCUGUGCCCCGUGUCAUCCCCCAUGAAUCCUUCCGCAGCGAGAGCUCAGGCCGCAUGCAGGCUAAAGGUCAAAUCCCACGGGCAAAUGAGGUACGACGUCGGUCACCAUCGCAAGGCUGGCACCGCUCAGUGAACCACUUGGACCUGGCACAGGAGCUGGCAAUGGUGGAGCUGUGUGGGCACGGCGAUUGCGGGAAAGGUCCAUUUAGGGCGGUUUCUUUUGGGGAGAAUACCAGUCGGUCAUGUGGUAGCUACUCAGGGCCGUUCUACUGGAGCUCAGAGAACUCUAAGAAUGCUCAGGGACUCGUAGGCUUAAGGAACCUGGGGAACACGUGCUUCAUGAACUCCAUUCUGCAGUGUCUGAGUAACACACACGACCUGCGUGACUACUGUCUGCGCAACACACACCGGACCGACCUCAACAUCAACUGCAGGGCCAAGGCGGCUCUAAUGGAGGAGUUUGCCAAGCUCACUCAGACACUGUGGACAUCAGCGAGCAACGAAGCAAUCAGCCCGUCCGACUUCAAGACUCAGAUUCAGAAGUACGCUCCACGCUUCAUGGGCUACAAUCAGCAAGAUGCUCAGGAGUUCCUGCGCUUCCUCCUGGAUGGGCUGCAUAACGAAGUGAACCGAGGCUCACUGAGGCCCAGAGCCACCAUGGAGGACUUCGACCACCUCUCGGAUGACGAGAAAGCCAAGAGAAUGUGGAACAAGUACCUGGAGAAAGAAGACAGCAAAGUAGUUGAUCUGUUUGUUGGCCAGCUGAAGAGUUCAUUGACCUGCAGUGAGUGUGGCUUCUGCUCCACUGUAUUCGAUCCAUUCUGGGAUCUGUCUUUACCUAUUGCCAAGAGCUCUGGAGAGGUGAUGUUGAUUGACUGCCUUCGGCUUUUCACUAAGGAAGACGUACUGGAUGGAAACGAGAAGCCGACAUGCCAAAGGUGUAAAGCCAGAAGGAAAUGCACAAAAAAAUUCACCAUUCAGAAGUUCCCCAAAAUCCUGGUGCUUCAUCUCAAGCGAUUCUCUGAGGCUCGCCUGAAAACCGCCAAACUCUCUACUUUCGUCAACUUUCCCAUCAAAGAGCUGGACCUGUGUGAGUUUGCGUCAGACAACAGCAUGCACGCCGUCUAUAACCUGUAUGCAGUGUCUAAUCACACAGGCACCACACUGGGUGGCCAUUACACAGCAUACUGCCGCAACCCUUCCACAGGAGAGUGGUACUCAUACAAUGACUCCAGGGUCAGCCCCAUGUCCUCCAGCCAAGUGCGUAGCAGUGAUGCUUACGUGUUGUUCUACGAGCUUGCAAACUCCUCACGAUUGUAAUCCUGCCUCAACUCCACCCUAUAAAGGAUUCUUGAGGCUAAAACCUGCCCUGGACUUCAGACAAAACCUCAGAAUCACCUGUGCUUUCAGCCACAGCCUGAGGUUGUUUUUAAGAUCUUGGAAGUUCUUAGAAGCCUGGGACAUGAGUUCAGAUAUAAACAAGCUCCAUAUAAGGGCUUCCUCAUCCUGUAUUCCACUGGAUUUAGAGUGCUGCUGCUAAACGGAUGGGGAUGAAACACUCCUUGUCAAAAGGAAGAAAGAAAAAGAAGAAAAAGAAUCUGGAUCACUACCUCUCAAUGAGCAGGACCGUGUGUGUGUGUGUGUGUGUGUGUGUGUGUGUGUGUGUGUGUGUGUGUGUGUGUGUGUGUGUGUGAGAGAGAGAGAGAAGCUGGAUGUCAAAGAACUAUGCACUGUGUACCUGGAGCUCUUUGUUCCUCUACCGUCAGUCAUCGCAACUGCAUGAAGUUUAAUUUAUUUCUGUAUUUUUUUGUUUUUCAUUUUGAGACUCUGGAUCUAAAUAUGGGUCAAAGCAAUUAGUGGUUCAUGGAAGGAUCAUAUUCUAGUCUUCACUUUUUCCACACAAAUAAUUUGACAUGCUUGGUAUCUAUAGUCUUGCACUGGUCUAAGCCUAAAGGGGAUUACAUUAUCAUCAGCAUCUGGCCUGUUCAUAAUUACUGGCUUUUAUACUAUAUCUCAUACCGUGUAUUGGACAUAGUUUUGGGAGGAGAUUUAUGGAAAAGAUUGUUUGUGAGAUUGACAUCCUGUCAUCAAACAUUUGGGGUACAUGAAAUGUUUUAUACUUGUAUUUGAGCUAUUUUUCUAUUUAACAGAUGAGAUUAGUCGCCCCCUGGUGGAUCUCAUCUUUUCAACGCAGGCUUUAUUUUAUUUAUUGACCACAGGAUUCACUUUCAUGGAAAACAACUUUUACAGCACAAGGAGCCACCUGGUGUAUCUGCGCAUUGUCUGUACCAGAUAGUGUGUGUGUCUGUCUAUGUGUGUGAUGCAGAUGGUGUGAUAUUUUAUUUAUGAAGUACAUGUUAUGAAUGUGUAUGUGUGAGAGUCAUCAUUUGACUAAAACAGAAUGAGUCCUUCCUGUCCAUUGGGCUCCACCUGUAAACUACUUUUGGCUUUUUAAAAGCCAGAUAGAUGUACAUAGAUGAAUAAAUUAACCUGUUUGACCAUAA